AGAGUGGGCGGGGCUUGUCACACGUCACGUAUAUGUAUAAAGGUUGGAGAGCUUCCCUUCCACCCAGCGUGUGCCUCUCUGAGUAUCAAAUGCAGACCUCCAGUCAAGGUAGGUGCUCUGUGCUCUCCUCUGUUGUUCGUAUUAUGGUUAUUAUAGUAACUAUAGUUUAAACUAGCAGCUUUCAUUCUCAUGAUUUCACCGCUGCGUCAUGAAUCAGCUUAAAUCACAAACUUUUACUUUCACUUCCUCGGCCGUGACAGCCGGAUCAUCCGGAUCCUUUCUCCCUUCAGCUUUUUGUGAAAGCGCUAGAAAUCAGAAAUCAGAGAGGAAAGUGUGGCUGACUGAGAAAGGAUUCGGACCCACAGAGUCAGACUUUACAGGAAACUCCCCCAAACCACCCGGAAAUAUCCCCUCUGACACUUAGGCGCAGUGUUUCCUCCUGAUCUGAGCUUCAUCCUGCAGUUACACGUCUCUGAGAGACGCUCGGUUUGGGGCAGAUGUGCCGAUAGACACACCCCUGCACCACCGGAACAUCCAAACACCGUCAGUCCAGGGGCGUGUCCGGGGACAGGAGUGCAUGGGGUGGCACCCUCCCUGAUCACCAACCACCAGGAACAUUUACCCAAGUUCUUCACUGAAGUGCACGUUAUCGUACUGAAUCCAAGUAUUUCAGUUUUACUGAGGCAGAUGUUACAUUUCCGACACUUUAUUUUCAAUUUUCUUAUUGGUUCGCUGAUUAACUGCAUUAUUGUAGUUGUAACUGGCUCAUAAAUUACAUAUUGUUAUAAUUCCUGUUAUAUCUUUUAGGACCUUCAAGUCUGUAGUUGUGUUCAUUAUCAGGAGCCCCCCCCCCCUCAUCCUUCUUCUUCUUUGGUGUAGAUUUCCAGCUGUACUGGAGCAGUUAAUCAUCAUCAUCAGUGACGAUGAGGAGGUCGCAGCAGGUGGAGGAAGACGAGGCGCUGGCCCGACGCCUGCAGCUAGAAGCCGACUCAGAAUUUGCUGGGGUGGAGCAGAUCUCCAUCACUGAGGAGCAGCAGGCUGCGGUUCGUUUACAGCAGAUGGAGGAAGAUAAGCUGCUGGCCCGCCGGCUGCAGGCAGAGGACGACUCGGACAUCGCUGUGGUGGAGCAGAUCUCCAUCAGCGAGGAGGAGGAGGCUGCAGCUCGUUCGCAGCAGCUGAGGGAAGACGAGGCGCUGGCCCGACGGCUGCAGGUGGAGGACGACUCGGACAUGGCUGCGGUGGAGCAGCUCGCCAUCAGCGAGGAGGACGCCAUUUGUUUCCAGCAGGCGGAGGAUGACGAGGAGCUGCAGGUGGAGGCCGGCUCAGACAUCGCUGUGGAGGAGCAGAUCUCCAGCAGCGAGGAGGAGGAGGAGGAAGAGGAAGAGGAUGCGGUUCCUUCACAGCAGGUGGAGGAAGACGAGGCUCUGGCCCGAAGGCUGCAGGCGGAGGACGACUCGGUGCUCGCCGCUGUGGUGGAGCAGCUCGCCGUCAGCGACGAAGAGGAGGGGGCCACUGGUUUACAGCAGGUGGAGGAUCACGAGGCGCUGCACCAACACCUGCAGGCUCGGCUGGACCGAGUGGAGCACAACAGACACCGUCACCACCUCCAUUAUCACCACCUCCACCAGCGUCUUCUUCAUCGCCUCCACAGGGGUCGUCCCACAGAGCGCCGCUGGAUGAUUCAGGUGGCUCCCGGAGAAGUUCUGAUUGGUCACGGCAGGAGUAGGGACGCCACAUCUGAUGACGCUGAAGGAAACGACUAUGAGUCUCUGCUGGAGCUCGAGGAGCGUCAGGGCGCCGUGAGGACCAAUCAGCUGAGCGCGACGGACAUCCAGAGGUUUCCCACCAAGGUGUUCCAGGGAUGCGGCGGCAGCGGCGGGAACACGCAGUGUCAGAUCUGUGUCUGCGACUACAGCGACGGCGAGAAGCUGAGGAUUCUGCCAUGUUUCCAUGACUACCACGUCCAGUGUAUCGACCAGUGGCUGAAGGAUAACCCCACCUGUCCCAUCUGCAGAGUCAACCUGGCCGACAAAGACGCCAUCGCCCCCCCGACCUCUGACCUCUGACCUUGCUUCUACUGUUUCCUAUGGGAACAGACAGGAAGGAAGGAAGGAAGGAAGGAAGGAAGGAGGACUCGCGCUUGUUUUUGUUUUGAAUACUUUAAUUUAAAGGCUUCACUCGGUGGUCAUGUGACCUCAGGAUUGGAUCCGUAAACCUCAGAGCUGUUCGUGUCGUCACCGUUCGGUCGCCGUUUAGUCCUCGUAGUAGCGCUUCUUCAUCGCUCUGUACUUCCUCAGGUAGUAAAGCGCCUCCAGCUCCCGGGCCACGUACUCGCCACGAGCAAUCAGGGCCUUUAUUUGCUCGGGGUCCUCCACCGCCUUGUUCCUGGCAAACGCCGCUCUCAGACGGUCGCGGAAGUAGUCACCACCUUUGGGGUACUCCCGGCCGAGGUAGAGGAGCUGCAAGGAGGAAGAGGAUGUGUUAGCAAAAAUAUGUCUUUACUUUUACUAAAGGGCAAAAAGGCGGCCGAUGUAUGACGGCACAUGAUGAUCACAUGAUCUCAAAAUCAGCACAGGUCUUAAAAUCACUCUGGACGAUGAUCUUAGACUGACACACCUCCAGAGGCCAAUGUGUUUUAUCAGGACGAGCAGCGGGAACGCUCCGAGGAUCCACGAGCGCUUUUAGUGAUUCACUUUACAAAAGGUGAAUCUGAAAUCUUGUCACAUAGUCUUGCUUUGUAAUUCCUUCAGCGGCGCUCCCUGCAGAGACCUUAUCUUAGUCUAAAGCUGAUAACAGAAAGUGUUUUCCUAAAGAGGGUCAAAGGUUUAUCUGCAGAUAGCUCUGCGGUCAUAAAGGCGCCGCUGAUCUCCAUCCUACACGCUUCUUCAUGCAUAAAAUCUUUAAAAACACUGAUUGUUACAGUGUCUCACCUUACUUUCUAAUUCACUCAGGAGGGCGGAGCUCCUGCGUGAGGUGGACACAGGAAGUCUUUAAACCUUCACCAUGAGGGAUCACGAGUGCGGGCAUCUUAUUUUUUGCAUUCAUGAAAUAAGAAAGCGCCGCCUGCUGCCUGUUUGUCUAAACUCACUGAGUUAGUUUCACCAAAGAAAAAUGUGGUGACCAUCUCAGGCCACAACACAUCUUAUGUCACGUGUGCAGCUGGUUUCACUCAGAACCCGUUAAAGGGGCGGGGCUACAGAGGGAGGCGUGUUAGAUUUCUGGGUUUUGGGCUUUAAUGUUAUUAAAAUAUUGUGAUGGUGGGCUGUGAGUUUGAUUGUUGGUUUUCUCUGCUGAUGUUGUUCGCGGCGUAACGACGGCUCUGCCACUGAAACGUCCACUUUUUCACCCUAAACAUGAUGAAGUGUCGUCAGAGUGUUUCUGAGCAGAUAAUCUCAGCCCGAUCCGAUAAAUAAGCUUUAAAUAUAUCAGAACACCAUUUCAGCGUCAUUCUGACAGAUGAAUAAAGACCUCAGUGCUUUGGUGCAGACACUACAGGUUGUGCACGCAGUUGCAUUCUUUUAAUGCCCAGCAGGGGGCGACACUUGCUGCAGCGCCCUCUGUAAACACUGCUGACAUCUUCACAGAUAAACAUGAAGCUUGAACAUUUUGGUGGGGCUCAGCACCGCUUUGCAUGAUGGGAGAUUUGAGAGGCAGCUUUGUGCCUUCAGAUCUGUUUGAGGUCAUCUCAUCAUUACGCACCUCCGACGGCUCACAGUGGCACCGACGGAUCAUCUUAAAAGUAAAUUAACUGUCAAUAAAUGUUAACAACAUCAUCAUGGAGUCUUUGCUGAUGCCGCCUGAAGUCUCAUCAUCCAAACUCCCGAUUCUGACGUUUACAGCUGUGAAAACAGAAAAUCUAGAAUCGCUGGAGGACAACGUGUCUCCGACAAUGUUCCCUCUAAGCUGCGCACGUGCGCAAUUGCGCACUGCUGGCACGUCUCUGCACA